AAAACUUUGCAGAAGUUUUCUGUGGUUGUCAUUUCCUCUCCCCACUGUCAGGUGACCGUGGCGUGAGCGGCCUGGCACAGGGAGCUUCGGGGAGCUCGGGCCGGUAGGCAGCAGGCCGCCCUCUCUCAGCCAAGUGGGACACUGAAAUUAAUAUAUGUGGCUGGGGCGGUACAGAACUAUCACCACUUUCAAUAUCGCCACCUUCCACAUCACCACUUCUAUUACCUCCAUUCCCUGUCAGGGCACCGUGCCCGGGAGCACACUGGGGUGUUCGUCGCCAAAGUGCAUUUGGGGCGCAGGUCAGAUCCCUUUGGAGCAGAGACCCCAGCAACCCACAGACUCAGCCCUUCGCUUCCUACUGCCCCUUCCACCUACCCCGCCGCCACCAACCCUCUCCAGCUCACGGUGCCGCAGGGGACUCAGCCCAAGAGCAACCCGGCCCAACGACGGCGGAAACGUUUGGCCUUGCUCUGUUCACCCAGUUCACUGCUGGCGCCGUUUGGCUCCCAGUCCUACCGCUGACGGCAGAGGCUGUGGUGUGGCUGGGCUGGGCCUGCCCCCCGGGGCCCUGGGAGUGCGCAGCCCACGCCACCCGUUCUCAUGCGCGCUAUUUGUCUCAACAACAGGUAGCAGCUCUGGACACCAUGGCCCCCAGCUCGCCGCCGCCUCCAGCCCCUCGGUGUUCCCGGGCCUCCACGAGCAGCCUCCCCAGGCCUCCCCCAGCGGUCCUUUGAACGGACUCCUCCGUCUGGGGCUCCCCGGAGACAUGUACGCGCGGCCAGAGCCUUUCGCGCCCGGGCCUGCGGCCCGCAGCGACGCCCUGGCAGCUGCCGCAGCCCUGCAUGGCUACGGGGGCAUGAACCUGACCGUGAACCUCGCUGCACCCCACGGUCCCGGCGCCUUUUUCCGCUACAUGCGGCAGCCCAUCAAACAGGAGCUCAUCUGCAAGUGGCUGGCGGCUGACGGCCCCGCGUCCCCGCGCCUCUGUUCCAAAACUUUCAGCACCAUGCACGAGCUGGUCACGCACGUCACCGUGGAGCACGUCGGCGGCCCGGAGCAGGCCAACCACAUUUGCUUCUGGGAGGAGUGUCCGCGCCAGGGCAAGCCCUUCAAAGCCAAAUACAAACUUGUAAAUCACAUCCGCGUGCACACGGGCGAGAAGCCCUUCCCCUGUCCUUUCUCGGGGUGUGGGAAGGUCUUUGCUAGAUCAGAAAAUCUCAAAAUACACAAACGAACUCACACAGGCGAGAAGCCCUUCAGGUGCGAGUUCGAAGGCUGUGAGCGGCGCUUCGCUAACAGCAGCGACCGCAAGAAGCAUUCGCACGUGCACACUAGUGACAAGCCGUACACGUGCAAGGUGCGCGGCUGCGACAAGUGCUACACGCACCCCAGCUCGCUGCGUAAGCACAUGAAGGUGCAUGGGCGCUCUCCUCCGCCGCCCAGCUCUGGCUACGAUUCGGCUACACCAUCUGCCCUCGUGUCGCCCUCUUCAGACUGCGGCCACGAGCCCCAGGUGGCCUCCUCGGCGGCGGCGGCGGCGCGUGGCGCCGACCUAAGUGAAUGAUGUCCACCGCGUUGCUGGAAAGGUAAUCUCGCUCCGCGCAGCUGAGCGCCCGCAUCCCGCGCCUGCGACAUCAAAGAACCCGCGCACAAAGCAGUGUUUCUUCGCCACGGUGCAUCUUCAUGGUAAGUUAGGAUUUCUAUGGCAAUGGGCAAGUCGCACUGAAAUCCUGAAAGGCCGAGCCUGGAGCCCGUCCAGGCUUUUCAUUAAGGACAUAAUAUUUACGUCUAACAGGCCUUUUUUCUUGUGUAUACAAGUAUAUAUUUUUGUUUGACGCGGACUAAAUCAUUUUCAUUUAAUUUCCGGUAAACAAAACCCACGCGAAUGGGCACUUGUUCCCGAUCAUAAUAAAAAUGGAUAAUAAUGUGAGGGAAGAAAAGGGCCGCUUGAAUCGAAGCUCAGCCCCCUUUGUUUCUGCUUUCUGCGGUGAUCAGAGGGCGCAUUUGGGUUUGAUGGCGAGUUUCUAAAGGCAAGGAAAUGGUUUGUAAGAGGGGAAAGAAAAGGAGAAAGGUCUAAUCAAGCUCGGGUUGUUCAAAGAGUUGGGUUUUGGGGUUGAAAGUGUGAGUUUGACGGUGCAUCAGCAUGCCGCGUUAGGCUCGCCAUGGAAAUGCGCGCGGGGAGCGGCCGCUUCAAAGGCGGCACACUUCACUGCAGACACUCUAUUAAGAUACAUUUGCGCUGACCUUUGCUUUCACGCCAUUUAAUACUGUCACUGCGCUCUCCAGUAUAUACUUCCUCCCUAGGACCUGCCUCGCCCGCAUUUAAGGGUUCACCCUGCGUCCUGAUGUGGGAGGUUUUGGCGCAGGGGACGCUUUCAGGAAAGGGAGGAGCUGGACUCCUUGCAUCUUGACUGCGUCCCAAAGAAGCUCCAGGGUCAGGAGCAAAUGGUUUUAGGUUUACAAAUGAGCAUCCUCAGCUCGAUUUUGUGCAAAUCACCUCUCUGAAUCUUGAGCAGGAUAGAGGUGUGGAUUUGAUUGGGACUUGAAGGGAAGGGAGCCACCCUGGGGAAGUCUGGGGAGUUCAGACUGUGCCUUUGGGACAUUUCCACUCUGGUUCCCAGCACCACCCUACUGCCCCUCCAUCUCAGAAGUCUUUUGCAGCCCCCCAAACUUGUUUCUCCCUAAGGCAAGGUAUCCUCAGGCCUGGAUUUGUCCGGGAUGCGAACUCAAGAGCCCAAGGCCAAGGGGAUGUGGGGAAGAUGGCAGGAAAGUUAGAAGUCCAUGUUCCCUUAAUUGUCUUGUUGUUUAUUUUAUCCAAGUACCCCAGUGAAUAGGGGAAAAAUAAACACGGUG